AUGGAGUCGAUCGAUCCGAGUACGCCCACAGCGCACUCAUGGAACACCCAGCUGACUGUCCUUGAACAAGAUGUUCUUGAUGAGUACGCACGACUAGAUGAGAACCUAAGAACGCUUGCCUGUAAGCUGGAUGAACUUGCGAACUGUCCCACGACUGAGAUAAUGGAUGGCCUGCGCCAGCUUGAGCGCAAGUCAGGCCUCGUUUAUACCCUACUUAAGGCGAGCGUCUACAGUAUUGUCUUACAACAAGAAAUGUACGCCGUUGAUAACGCCGAAACGCCAUGA